AUGAGUGCAGUCGACGUGUUUAACACGAGUCACAACAGUACCGAGACAGGAGGUGGCCAAGCCACGACUCGUGGUGCUCCACUAUCCCAAGCAGAUAGGUUCACGACUCGUCAACAUCUGCACGAAGCUAGAGCAUCAAUUGAUGACCGAGCCAAAGCGCAAGGAGUCCGGGAGAUAAAUUUGGGUCGGCCAGCUACGUCCUUGGAGCCUGAUAGUCUUUCGGCACAGGAGCAAGAUUCCAGACGGGCAAGGCUUACAGAAAGGCUUUUCAUCAAUGGUUCGACUCUAGAUGCUGCACUACGAAAGAGCGACUAUGACGUUGCCGAAGCGGAGAUCGAAUACCAUCGCAUGAUUCUGCAAUUCCUCGAGGGUGUCAAGAAGGGUCAUGUCCUUGAGGGUAACAAGAAGGCUUAUGCCAGGAUGAACGAGAUCCUGGAAUUGCAAUACAAACAACAACGUCAAGAGCAAUUGGCAUUGCAGCGAUUGACACCACCUGGACAGCCUCAAAAACCUGAAGUACAGCAACGACAGGCUCUAUACACUGGACAGGACGUGGCAUCACGAAGCCAGUAUAUUCCAGCUCUUCCACACUUGCGAUCCAAGGGUGAUCCUCAUGCUUCCCAGCAAACACAAUUCAACCAACUUAACCCCGAAACACUAAUGCCACCUCCUUUAGGAUUGUCUGGCUCGGGCUCAAGGAACCAGUCUACAUACCAGAGCUUUAUGCCAGCAACGAGAAAAGUGUCGAUUUGGUCUCAGGAACCUGUAUCAGAAGACAAUGUCGCGGCUGAAGGAGCUCAUGAAGACAGGCUAGCACGAGCGAGCUUCUCUAUAGCAAAUCCGAUGCUUAGAGCCAUGGACACAACCGAUGAAGCUGCUGACGAUCAGCGUCGUGAUGGUUGUAGUAAGCAGGCUGGUGGGUAA